GGAAGCUAAAACACGUGUUUUUAUACUUUUCACCAAAAAUAUCAAAUUAUUCCGAGAAAACUCCUUGAUUUUCACUGGUAGUUACUGUAUUCGUUAAUCUGUAUUAUAUACUACGUGUGCUCGCUAAUUGCGCCACAUUGCAACAUUGUGUUUGGAUAAAUUAUAUCAAUCCUAAAAUGACUGAAGAAAAAGUAGCUGAUGUAGCCGCGGAGAGCAAUGGAAAAGAGGAGAAAGAAGAAAAUGGGGCGAAAACCGAGCCCAUGGAUGAAGCAGAACUGGAGAGCGCUAUAAUUCGGCAGAUCGAAUAUUAUUUCGGUGAUCUCAACCUUCCACGUGACAAGUUCCUCCGCGAGCAGGUGAAGCUGGACGAUGGCUGGAUACCGUUUGAUAUCCUCAUCAAGUUCAACCGGCUCGCCAAGCUCACUACAGACCUGGAGCUCAUCGCUAAGCUGUUGGGAAGGUCCAGAAGUGGUUUACUCGAGAUUUCAGAAGACAACAAGAAGGUCCGCAGAAGCCCCGACAUGCCUCUCCCCGAGAUGAACGAAGAGCGCCGUAAGGAAGUCCAGGGCCGCACGGUCUACGCCAAAGGUUUCCCCAAGGAUGCUUUGCUGGAUGAUGUCCUGAAGUACUUCAAACAGUUUGAGGAGGUGGAGAACGUCAUCAUGAGGAGAUACCAGGACAACAAGACUAAGAAGCGGCUGUUCAAGGGAUCAGUGUUUGCCACAUUCAAGACUAAAGAACAGGCGCAAAAGUUCCUGGAACAGAGCGACGUGAAGUACGGCGAGAGCGAGCUGAUCAGGAAGUGGCAGGAGGCCUACGUGGCUGAGAAGCAGGAGGAGUAUGCCGCCAAGAAAGAGAAGAAGGAAAAGAAGCCCAAGAAUGUGGAACAGGAGCCUCCUCAGGACGACUUGAAGUUGCCGGCCGGCACGGUGCUGCACAUCGACCACGGGAACGACAAGCUGAAACGGGAGGACAUCAAGGAAGGGUUCGCUAAGUUUGGUGAAUACGAAAUAGCGUACGUAGACUCAAAUCUCGGCGACACGCAGGGCUGGGUGCGAUUCGCCAAAGAGAACGCCGCCAAAGAGAUCUUCGAGAAAAUCCCCGACGGAAAAAUCACAGUCGCAGACACAGAAAUAACAGUCAAACUCCUCGGCGAAGAGGAGGAGGCCGCUUACCUGACGAAAACCAUUGAACAUAUGAGGAAGAGGAGGUUCAACUAUAAGAAUAACAAGCACCAUAAUAAGGGAAGGAAUUUCAAGGGGAAACAGGGAGGGAGGAAACGCAGACAAGAUCAACAUGGUGACGCGCCAGCGGCCAAAGUUAAAGCUGACACCUAAAUUACAUAGUACAUUUUCCAUGUUGAAAGAUAGGUAAGGUAUAGCCGGUCAAACAACUUUGUCAGUAGAAAAAGGCGCGAAAUUCAAAUUUUCUAAGGGACGAUUACCCAUCGUCUUCCGGUUCGAGCACCAUCUUGAUGGUCACGCGUCGUGAUCAAUUGCUUUGUUUUUUGCUCAUUAAUAUUGUUUAAAGUGUAAUAUCGAUAGCCUAUUAUACAGUAAACUAAUGUGGUAGUGUGCAGUGAAUGGAGAAUUAAUCUUUAAGCACGUUUAACCAUCAUUUUGGAGUCAACGGCCGGUUGUCCACGUGUUUCUUGUAAAGUCCGCUAUCGCUUUACAAGAGCUAAAUCACCGUACACUGUCUUGUACUAACCGUACAAUUUCAAUCGUAUUACCCUGCUACUACGACCUUGAUACUGGCGAAAUAGCCCCACUGGGUUGAAGCCAUAAUUUUAAAAGAAUGAAUGAAUGAAUGAACGAUUACCCAUCGCGCUUACAUUUUUUCUACUGACGGAAAUAGCUUGAGCAGAGUAUAUAAGUAAGGUCGGUAAGACUGUGUUCGUAACAUGCCGAUUUCUUGUGUUUAUGCUCGAC